UAUAUGUUUAUCCUAUUCAAAAGGCGUUCAUGGAAUUAGUUGCACUUGCACCUUUUGCAAUGAACUUAAUAGUGUUGUUUGAUCAUGGUUAAAUGUAAUUUUCAUUAAAAGGAAAAAAGCUCAAUAUUACAAUCUUAUAGUGCUAAUAAAACAGCAGUAAAGUUACAAAUAUUCAAUAAUGGACAUAAACUGCAGUGGCUCGGAAUGUGAAAAGUUUUCAGAUUUGCCUCCGCCUAAAACAUGGAGCAGCGCAGCAAUGCUCUCCGAGUGCAGCCACCGCGAUUUCAACUGCCGCGAACUCUCCAAGAAGGAUUUUCGCCAAAUGAAGUCAUCCACUCUUUCUGCAAUAUACUCUUCGAAUCUUGGAUUCAUCCAAACACAAGGGAAUAUUCAUACCACAUAAUUUCGUUGGACAAUUUUGGUCGAAUAUUCCACAGAAGUUGGAAUUCACUAACCAAGUUCAAUCAUCCUCCCCGUAUAGUACAAACUUUUACAUUAGCCCUUGAGAAAGACAUGUUCAUCGUAUUGAAAUAUUCAGCCGGAUAUAAAGUGGAGCGUUUUCUUGUGUUAACGCAGCCUUUGAUAAAAUUUAUAGCAGAUCUCCAUAAGAAACAAACCGAAAAGCGAAAUGAUAUAAAUAACAAAGAAAUUCAACUCCCAUCGCUUAUAGUUAAGAUAAAUCGAAAGUCAUUACCAAAACAGUUUAUUGAUAAUAUAGAAAAUAGCUACGGCAUAACAUAUGGUCCAAGCCUUCAGCAGCUCUUUGAAUGCUAUCUACUGCCUGAAAUGGAGAAGCCUUAUAUGCUCUUAGGGCAUGCACUUACAUUAAAUGCAAUAAAGGAUUUGGUAACAGAAUAUCAAAUAGACGCGGUCAGGCAAAAUCUUAUGUACAGUAAAUUUGUCCGUGCAAGCGAUGUAGAACCUAGUUCCGAGACUGAAUCCGAGGAGAGUGAAACUGAUCAGGAAAUCGAAAGCCUGAAGAAAGUACAAACCCAAACAACAACUCUGCCUGCCACCAACACACUAAUUCAAACGCCCCAAACACAAAAUGUAGAUAGAAUGUCCAGUCCUUUCGAAGCAGAUGUUCCAAGCUCAAUAAAUCGGAAACAAAGCUUAUCAAAAUGGAGUGAUGAGUAUUGUCAGGAGUCAGCAAACUUGGGUCGCGAGGAUGCAAGGCUGCCAAAUAAGGAGCAGAACAAACAAGAACCCAAAAAUAAUGAAGUGGAAAAGAAUAGAAUAAAUAAAAGGCAUCAGAUCAUUGAACAGGUAUCCAAGCCAUUGCAACCUGACGUCAGAGAAAAUUUGAACGAGCUCGAUGAAGAUAUUGUUGAUAUGGGGCCAUUGGAUUUAUGCUGCGGAUUAGACUCCAGAUACUGCCGAUGUUAUCGACUCAAGGGUUAUAUUCCUAGAACUCUCAAUUAUGAACUCGUCUGCAUCAAGUUUUCAUCACUUAGUACUGAUAGUUGGCGAGUUACAUUUGAAAAAUACUCUUACGAUUCAGCAUAUGAUGAUCUCUACAAAACAGGAAAUAUAAUGAGAUCUCGUGAUGCUGGGAAUAAUGCAGUACAAAUGUCACUAGCUGAUGCCGUGGAACAAUACGGUGAAGAAAUUUUGAACAACAAAUAUAUGGCAGCAAUCCCCUGCAAAUUAUUCAGGAUGUGGCAGCAGAACGAACUUCAGGCUGACAACGAUGCUAAAUUUUUGAUGGUACGUUUAGGAGACAAAAACCACCUUUCUAAGUUAGGGAUAUUGGAUACUGCAGCAGUUGUCUUUAGGCAGAAUGAAUUUCAAAGGAUUCUUAGUCAAUUUACCACGUUCUUCGCGUGUAGCGAAGGGGAUGACAAUGCAUUGGAAAAAAGAUCGGAAGGAGAACCAGAUUACGAAGAGGAUAUUAGAUCGGUAGAAGUUAUUAUAGAACCUGACUUACCAGAUUUUAUAACAGAUUCAGAAGAGCAAACGAUGGAAAGCAGAGUUAGUGAACCAACACUCAGAAAUUACAAAGUCCGAAACUCUCAAAUAAAAACGAAAUCAAUUGGAAUACAAGUUGAGCUCAGCGAUAUUCCGUUCUCAAUAGAUUGCAUUGCUGAAAUUCAUUGUGACUUGAACAUGCUUGCUGUAACUGGUGAUGAUAUUUUCAAACAUGGUUUCGAUGUAUGGCUUCAAGCAGACUAUUUAACACGCGCUGCAUAUUUUCACAAUGGUCGCAAAUUAGAAACAGAAAAGUAUGUAAUACACUUUUUGAAAGAUAGAUCUGUAAGCAUUCUACUAAAGGAAUAUUCUGAAGAAGACAAAAAUUCACCAAACAACAAAUCUUUGAAUGGAGUUGAAAACUUAGUCACUGAUUCUUUAGAAUGGAAUAUUGAAAUGAUGGGGCCUGGUCCAGUCCCAUUUUAUUUUAAAAAAUUAAAACCUGCUUACAUAACAACUGAAAAUGACUUUCCAUCAACACUUGUAGCGAAGAAGAGAAUUGGGAAUCUAAUUAAUGAAGUUAACGGUAUGAUUAAGCACAGCGGCAAGCGACCGAUUCCAGUUUUAUGGAAUAGUACCAAAACGUUAGAGCUGUCUACGGUCCACUAUCACAGUGCAAGCAAAAAACUCUACUUGUUGUUUGAAAGGAAUUUACACAACAAAUACAGCCUAGAUGCUAUAUACUUCCCAGAUUCAGCAUCGUCUAAGAAAAUUUAUAAUACGAAAUAUGGCACGUUUGAUACACUGCAAAUGGAAACUCAACAAACCGCCAAAGUUAUCGUCAAAAUUUCAGAUUUCCCAAAACCAUUACUCAUAAUUAUAUCCGAUGCGUUUGUAUUGAAUAACGGAUUAAUACGUGAAUGCGAAGCCCUGUAUCACUUUGAAUGCGGUGAUGAGGUGGAAAAUAAAUUGAAAACCUCAGCAGAUGACCCGAAAAAUCCCGGUAUUUCAAAGCGUUUGGUUGUGAAUCGUGCCAGAAAUGGUCGGCGCAGUGCUAUUAAGCCGCCAAAUUUUUAUAAUGAAAACGCUAUCCAACUACGAUUAAAUAAUAUAGUUAACAACUAUAUUGAACUUCCGUAUGAAAGUAACAACAAUCCAACUAGGGAAGCGAUUGAACAAGCUAUGAUGGAUUUGUCUUUGUCAUCGGAUGAUGAAGAGAGUCGUCUUGUUAUCAAUGAAUUUGUAGAUGAGCAAAACUCAGACGUUGUAACUGAACAACAUGAAGAAAACGUAAAUGUUACUAGCACAACCGAAAAUAGCAAUGAACUGUUAGAUCAAAAUGAAAAGGACAAACAAGAGAAACGAAAGGAGGAAAUGUGCAUUCGUUCAUCUUCCACAUUGGUGAAAAACAGUUUACCCUUGCAAAAAAAAUAUGCAAUAACACAAGAAUGGGGCCGGGAAAUACGAAGGAACACUGAUAAAAUGUUUCUACAGAGAGAUAUUUCCAGAAUCCAGCCAAUACGUGAUCUGAAUGUGACGCUUUCUAAUAAUCGAAUAAAGUUAUUACGAGGAAGUUCCGCCAAAAGUGAAGGCAGCAACCAAAGGCCAGAAUCGAGUAUUGAGUAUCGAAGACAAUUAGAAAUUUCUAAUGAAACUGGCACAAAGUGUUUUAAAAGAACCACAAGCAAAUAUAGCAAUCUAACACAAACAGGAAAGGGAAAUUUAAACAAUUCAAGCGAACCACAGGACAGGAGUAGAGAUUAUCAAUUAUUAAGCGCUUGCCAACGCACUCAAAUCUUGAAUAGUGAUUUAUUAACAUCAGCAAGGAUAAAUGAAGAUGAUUAUAAUCACAACUUGGGGAAACUGAAGAGUAGAUAUCACAUGACGUCGGAAUCUUCGAAAUUUCUUCAGUUAGAACAAAAUUCAUCUCUGCAAACAUGGGCCACUGUCAGCGGAAGCAACACUAUUAUUUCAAUGGAAAAAGUGGGUCGUGAAAAGGAGAAUAUUGAAAUAGCUUCAAGUACGGAAAAUAGUUACAAACAACCUAACCACAACGUAGAAGACAGUAUUCCAGCUCAUACAAUCCCGAAAGUCGUUAACCACUUGGGAUGUGCAGAAAGCAGCAGUCGAAGACCUUUAUCAGUUUCGAAUAAAAAAUAUUCAAUCAAAUCCACAACCAUGAGUACAAAUGAGGGAAAUCAUACUGAAGUAAAUGAUACUAUUGCAGACAGAGACUCAGGUGAAUUAGCGAAAGACACCGAUCAAAAUAAAGCCAAUGAUACUGCAUUAGAUUUGUCUACAACACUUACAAAGGAAAAAGAUUUGGAGUUGUUAUCUUUACCUCAAUUGAUGUUGACUUAUCCGAAACCUUUACCAGAAUCUCAAACCAAAUCAAAGGAUAUUUCGGAUAUGAGGAAAAAUGACGAUAAGCGGCAUAUCUACAAGAAAGUGCUUAAGGCAAAAAUACGAGAAAAUCUACUCCAACACGAACCCGAUGUUGACAUUGUGCAGUCGUCGAAUGAUAUAAACGCUCUGGAAGUAGAUUCUGAUAUUUCGGUUGAUAUAAAAGUCACUCUAAACGAGCUGAACGGUUCGACAGAACUACUAACAUCAUCACCAAUAGUCCGCAGAAAGAAAGAUAAUGUACCAGUAAUUAGUAAUUGCACUGAACGAGAAUUUCUUAUGGAACCAAGAAAUACUGAAGAAGUUUUGAAUGGACCUACAAGUCAUAAAAAACGACGCAAAAACUCUGACUUUGAAGCGAGAAAAAAAGCAGCGUCAAGUAGAACAGAAUACAAUGCCGUCAGUAUUAGAGGGAGAUCCUUCCAUGCAUAUUCAUCAGGAAAUAAUGGAUCUGAAGAAAAUGCACGGAGAAUUUCUAAUUCCAAUUACAAUGAGAGAAUCGAGAAUAUACAAGCGCCGCAUUUACCACUUCAUUUCGAGCCAGAAAAAUCAAUGGAACGGGUAGCACAAAGUUCAUCUUUUCGUAGCCCAGAUGUUCCCGUUCCAUCAGCAGAAGGAAACUCAAGUGAAUUCCCCCUACACAACAUAAAUCCAGCUCAAUCUGUAGGAGACCGGUCACCAUUCUUUAUAUUCUCACCACAUUCUCCAUUUGCACAAUCCCCUAACGAACAAUUCACUCAGCGAGUUGAUGAAUUUGGAAAUUCUGUAAGUGCAGAUCUAAGAUCUUCGUCAACUUAUCGUCAUCAGUAUUCGACAAAUAUGCACAAUUCGUCUUUUGUUCCGACAGUACCUAACUUUUUUCACAUACGAGGACCCCCAAGAAUGAUGAUGCCUCCUCAUCAGCAGCAUUCACAGUACAAUCAUAUUGAAAAUUCUAUAAACAAUCAACAUAUGCGCUUACCAGCACCACAUUCAAUGCCAAUUUUGAACAAUGUUUUGACUAAUUUUCAAGCAGAUCCAAGCCAUCCUUACAGGAAUUCUAUUAUUGAAAACGCACGGCCUGCAAGAAGAAAGUGCAGCACACAUUUGGGACAGUAUGCACCGCUCAUUCCACCUUGGAUUACUGGCCUCAAUGCGAGCUAUCCUCGAACUCAUCGGCCUACGCCAAUAAGAAGUGGAACGAUACCGCCACUGAUGCAAAAUACUUCUUCGUAUUUGGCUAAUCAAUAUCAAGUGAGUAAUGGAGGAGUCUAUGGGGGUUUGUCAGCACCGCAUCCUAUGCAUAUUCGUCCUUUUGCUCCAGAAAUAGUUCCCCCAGCGCUCCGGAUGAAUCCUAUCAUGCAAGCGUCGCCAUUCAAUACUAGAAUAUCUCAGGAUCAUAAUGCCGAUCAUAGACGUCAAAUUGAGAAUGAAAUUUAUAGGAAUAAUCUGGAUUAUGCGCGACUGUUGCAAUUGAAUUGCUCUAGUCACUAUACAGGGAAUUAUUUUAGUGGCUUUUGAAAGAUUAGUAACAUUUUUUUUGGCAGCAAUUCGUGGAUUUCGAUGCGUGUAAAAGUUAUUAUGAAAUGCAAAUAUGUUAUAUUUUUUCUUUAAAAUUUUUAAUACCCAAAAUGCUGCUAAUAGUGUAAGCGUGGAUGACAAUUCAAAGUCGAAAUCCCAUACCAUAAUGAUGUAAGAGUUGGGGCUCAAAAUGUCCCGAUCCAUGUAUAUAGAAGAUACAUACGAUUACUAUGUACGGAAUAGCACUUUUAUACAAUUUCUUAACUUUAAACUUGAAUAUGAAUUUGUAGUUGAAAAAACGUUGAUUUUCUACCAGCGUUUAUCCGAAUAUUUACAUGUAAUUCGGUUAGAAUAUUUUUUUACCGCGCGUUUGAUAAAAGUUGGAGAAUGCGUUUGUUAAUUUAUAUACUGAAGUACUUUUCUGUUCUGUAUUUUGCAGUAAAUAAAGUCUCAUUCGUGUUUUGGUAUACAAGA